CACCAAAGCCCGAUCAUGUUGAGAGCGGGCGCGGGACACCCGGAUGCUGACGGCGCAUCCACAUCCGGCACCGAUAUACGGCAGCUAUACAGUACUCUUAACGAGUAUCUUCAGCUCGAGACCAAGUUCCAGCCGCGCCUCUGCCUGCCAACCGAUGGCGAGAAUGGUGAAGUGACAACGGGAGCGCGUGAUGGCGCCGCCCAUGUCCUUCGUUGUCUCAAAGUAUGGUUCGAUCUGCCGGCUGACGUGCUCAUCGGUGCUAUCAAUCUGUUUGAUCGCUUCCUAACAAAAAUGAAGGUGCGACCAUGCCACGUUCCCUGUAUCACCGUUUCCUGUAUGAACAUAGCAAUAGACGAGUAUGCCGAAGUUACAAAACAGCCACGUAACGUCACUGUUGAAGAACUGGUGUCGGUGUCCCAGUCGGCGUGCACGGCGGGCGACGUGGCGCGCAUGUCGCGCGUCAUCGCCGACAAGCUGGCGCUGGCCACGCGCUGCGCGGUGAGCGCGCUGCACUGGGCGCGCCUGCUGCGCGCGCUCGUGCUCGCCGCCGCCGACUCGCUGGCCCUGCGCGACGUCGCGCUGCCGGAGAAUGAGUUGAUCAACUUGGUGGAGAUAGCGGUGUGCGACGCGGAGUGUGUGAACGCUCGUACCAGUGAACUAGCACUCGUUCUUGUCUUCCACCAAUUAGAGAAGCACCUCGUGGAACGUAGCCGGCAGGCGGCUGAGGGCGGAGCGCCAGUUUCCGACGACGCUUACUACUUGUACGAGUUCGCAGCACAGUUGCAAGCUCACUGCAACAUGUCGGACGCGUCCCUCGUGACCACUCGCGCCCACGUCAGAGAUGUCCUGGCGCGCUACGAAGCGCGUCAAGCGGCGCCCCAGAGGCAACGCCUCGUGUGGCGCCUCUCCGAGCGAACACUCAAGGUGCUACGCCCCACUGACCGCUUGACAUCCCUAUUGCCAACCAUUGAGGAGCAACACUUCGCUGUCGACUCCACUCCGAAGCGCAAUAGAACAGGAAGCGUAAGCAGCGAAAGCGAAGAAACCUCGGACUGGCCUCGAAGCCCCGUCUUACCCGUCUACUGUAAUAACUGAACCAUAUGAACCAAAAAACCGCGAAGACUGAAGUACCGCUACCUUUUACCGUUGAAGAAAAAAAAAAAUAGCGUUAAUGCUAAAUGCUAGUGUUACCAUCGUUUGGCGAGAAGAAAAACUUAGGUAGAAAAAUAUUGAAGGAAAACUUGACUGCCAUUCUCAGUCAUUGUCAACUAAGCGACAUGUAUUUGUCAACGUUUUAUAGAGUUGAGAAUAAAAGUUAAAAAACACUGGCCAGCAAGACACUUGAAAAAAAAAAGAAAAAAUACUGCCUAUAAAUAAUACAGAGGCUGACAGAUGUAGAAAAAAAAAAAUACAUUGGCUGUACUAAUUUAAGACGUUCUAAUCAUCGGUAGCUAUUCACGACUUCGCGAGUUUUGCGGAAACACGAAUCCGACAUAAUAAUUAGAUAAUAGACAAGGCAUAAUUUUUAUUAAUAAUAAUUAUAAUUAUUAUGAAUAAAAUUUUCCGAAAUGAAAAGUUUUUUACUGGAACAUCUAACUUUAUUUAUGUAAAUGACAAUAAUCACACAAUUGCCGUUAUCUAAUUAUUAGUCAUAGUUAAAUUUUUAGCGAAAUAUAAGUAUCGAGGUGAAUUUUUUUUAGAGAUCCCACUUUUGAAUCGAGUCAAAAUUACGUGAUCUGCAUUUCAAAAAAAAAAAAAAAAAAAAAAACUACGAUUACACAAGUAUUGUUUUAAUUAGUUAAGAAAAAAUAGAGUCAAAGAUUUUUAGUUAAGAACUUUAAUAAAAAGUACAUGUGUAACCGUAGCUUUUUUUCGGGGAUUAGGCUGUACUUAGGUUUCUCUAAGCUAUUUUUCAUUUCAAUAAAAUAAAAUAUAAAAAGAUCCAGUCCGAAAUUGAAAAAGUCAUCCGUAUAGCAUUGGUGUGUGAACGAGAGAGCGAUGCAGAUAUAUGUGAGUUAGAGAGAGAUAGCAUAUGGGUGUUUGCGCGGUAAUGUAUAUUUAUGAUUCGAGCGUUAUUUUGUAAGGUUUGUGUUAACAUCGGCGAGAGCGAUGGUUUGCCGCCAUUUUAUCAGAACCCAGAGCUUUAUUAAUGUAAUUUUUUACUUUUUAAGAGAAAAUAAUAGUUUUGGCGGGAAUGUCACCCGUUCAUAGCUUUCGUACUGUGAUGAUUUUUGUAAAAACGAAAAAAAAAUUCCAUAUUUUAUAGACGUAAGUGUAUGUGUCGCAUAGAAUGAGUGUUUAAGAAAAAAAGUAAAAAAAAAAUAUAUAUCCACCGAAAUUUUUUCUUUGUAAUUAAAAAAACAUAAAUAAAAUUAGUAUUAUGAUAUUAUAGUUGAUAAAAUAGUUAAUUUUUAAAUAUAUACUUCUUUAUUACACUGACUAACUCGCUGAGUUUCGUUUAAGUUAUUCGAAAUUAUUAAUUUUGUUGUAUCGUUGGAAUUUCGCAAUUAUCUAAUUAAUAAUAUUUUCAUUUUAAUAUAUUGUAAUACAUUACAUUAGUUAGUGAUAAUUAAUCGAUAAACGAAAAAAAAAAUUACAAAUUUUUAAAAAAUGUAAAAAAAAAAUGAUCUCAAUUUUUCUGUAGUAAAAAAAAAAAACAAAAAAAUGUGUAGUGUGUUUCCUUAUUUGCUAAUUUUAACAAAAAAAAAAAAAAUUCAGAAACGGUGCGUUUACGUUAAAGGUAAGCAAGAUAAAAUCUUUUAUUUUUAAAUUUUUAUUGAUAAUCACACUAAUAACAAUCUUAUGAAUAAUAUUAGGGAUGUAUAACAAAUAUAAUUAUACAUAAUCUAAUAAUUGUGUUACAAUACUUACUGCGAAUAGACAGACUGAACAGUCUUGAAUAUUUACAAGAAACCUGACACUGACAUAUUUAGAAGAUAUACGUUAAUUAUAUUUGUUAAUAUUACAUCAAAAUAAAUUACACAGUUUUCACAAUCGUAUAUUUUCUCGAGGCCCAACAUUUUCAACCAUAUUUGUAAUUUUACGUAAGUGGACUAUUUAGCGCUGCAUAAUUAAAUCAAUAUUUUGUAUAAAGAAAUAUAUAAUCGCUCAAAAUCUUGCCGUAAUAGUUCACUUUUAUAUAAAUAAUAUUGUUUUAUUUUAUCUUAAAGUUCAAUGUAUUUGUGUCUGCAUUUAUGAAAUUGAUAUAAUUGUGUGCCUGAAUUUUAAUAGUUAUAAUUUUACUGUAAGGCAUCUUGUGCAAGAAAUCGAAAUCUCGAAUUAGAGAAUAAACAAUAGUUACGUCUCUUGA